GGUCACAAACCAGGCUGGUACAUUGAAACCGGAAGUGGAGACACAUGAAAGAUGUGGUUUUUGUUUUCCCGACUGAGAACUUCACUUUCGGUCGACUUCAGACACAUACGGAGAUGUACAACGUACACCAAGGCCAGGAGGAUAUGGGAAAUCAUUUCGUCAAAGCCACCAGAAAGCGGGGUGCCUUUAAAACUGCAGGGCUGGGUGAGGUCAAUACGGGCUCAGAAGGACGUCCUGUUCCUGCACCUGAAUGACGGCAGCUGUCUGGCACACCUGCAGGUGGUGGGUACACCUGACAUGGGCUCCAGUGGCCUGUCCUAUGGCAGUGCAGUAGCUGUGGAGGGGAGGUUGUUCCCUAGUGCCCACCCAGGACAGGAUGUGGAGCUCCAUGCUGACAGGCUGGAGGUUAUAGGGUCCUGCAAUGUAAAGGAAUUCCCCUUCAAAGCAAAGAAGAGGCACACGAUGGAGUACAGCAGACAGUUUCCCCAUCUCAGAGCCAGGACCAACUCUUUCUCAGCUCUGCUGAGAAUAAGGAGCCAGGCAGCCAGUGCAAUCCACAAGUUCUUCCAGGAUGAGGGGUACAUUGAAGUCCACACCCCUGUCAUCAGUUCCAAUGAUUGUGAAGGGGCAGGGGAGCUGUUCCAGGUAAAGCCAGCCAGCUCCACAGUACUGAAGCAGAUAUCACAGGACAGUGGGAAGGACACCAAACAUUUCUUUGAUGUCCCAGCAUUCCUCACUGUGUCGGGACAACUGCAGUUGGAGGUUAUGGCCAGUGCCCUGUCCAGAGUGUACGUGUUUGGGCCCACCUUCCGAGCAGAGAGGUCCCUGGGCAGGAGACACCUGUCUGAGUUCUACAUGGUGGAAGCAGAGUUAGCCUUCACACAACAACAGGAGGAUGUCAUGGAGGUGAUAGAGAUGAUGGUGAAACAGCCAACAGAGCAGAUCCUGGCCUUGUGUCCUGAAGACCUUCAUCUAUUCUACAAGUUUGUUUCACCAGGACACAGGGAAGUUGUGGAGAAUAUACUGACAUCAAGAUUUAUCAGGAUGACCUACACAGAAGCAAUUCAGAUUUUAAAGAAGAAUUCAGAAAAUUUCCAGUUCACACCAGAGUGGGGACAUGACCUGCAGAAAGAGCAUGAGCGCCACCUGGUGAGGCACUGUGGAAGUGUACCCGUGUUCGUGACCGAUUUUCCCAAGGAACUCAAGCCAUUCUAUGCAAGGGACAAUGAUGAUGAUAAAACAGUUGCAGCAUUCGACCUGUUGGUACCCGAGGUUGGGGAGCUGUUUGGAGGCAGUCUGAGGGAGGAACGACUGGAGAUAUUACAGGAUAGACUAGACAGGCUUGGCUUGUCCAACAGCUACCAAUGGUACCUGGACCUGAGGAGAUAUGGGUCGGUCCCACACGGCGGCUUCGGAAUGGGCUUCGAGCGGUACCUGCAGUGCAUCCUGGGAGUUCCUCACAUCCGAGACGUGAUCCCUUUCCCACGAUUCCCACACUCCUGUAAAAUGUGAUUCUUGUAACGUUAUUUGUGGCAAGUAGAAAUUGACAAGGAAUAUCCUAUAGGUAGUACAAAAUGUCUGUCGUAGUAAUUGAAGUUUUUCAAUGGGUAGUUGAAUUUCUUUAGGACGUGUUCAUCCAAGUAUAUGGAUGAGAUCAUCUAGGAACUGCAGAAAAAUACAAAGAUCUCUGUAUAAUAAUGUAAUAUAUAAUUAGCUCUGUCUUACAGAGAAGAGAUCCUUUGUAAUGCUGUGUAGCAUUUGUGUGGACACUGUACAUGUUUACGUAAACCUUACCAUCGUCGACGAAAAACUGAAAACAGAAAUCUGAAAACUGUAUCCCAAACAACAAGGAACUAUUGGCUUAUGAUUGAAUGCUACUAGAAACGACAGACAAAUAUAAAGACUCACAAUUGCAAUGUAUCAGGAGCGCUUUUAACGGAGAAGACAUAUUUUGUAAUAGUUAUUUUUUUGGUCUUAUAUGUGCAAAAGCAUUACAUCACUUCUUGACGAACUACAUAUAUAUAUAUAUAUAUAUACAAAUACCCAUGCUGACCCUGGCAAAAAGAAUUUAUUUUGUAUCGUGCAUUGUUCAACCAGGUUUUCAAACUACAUUGAUGUCUUUACUUUAACUGUGCUUACGUUUUCAGUAAGUAUAUGUACUUUUUCAGUUAGAUUUUCCUUGCGCAUCAUUUUGGCAUGAUUCCACCCUCUAUAAAUUCUUUCUGAACCAUCUCUCAAGUCAACAAAAGGAUUAAGUUUCAAGAGAGGAUUUAGCGUCAGAAACUGUAGAUUUUCACUCUUGAUUGAUUUUCAGAACAAUUAUACCACACUAUAAGCCCGUUAUGACGUUUUUGAUGGAUUGUUUCGUUAUUUUCGAGUUUGUUCAAUCGUUUGGGUGUGAAGUCUUGUACUUAACAGGACGGAAUGAUGAAUGGGUUGUAGCCUGAGUGUCAUACUAAUUAGUUUACAGGGGCUUCCAUACUCUCCCCUCACCAACAACACUAGAGAUUGAUUCAAUUCAUCUGUAAUCUA